UAUCUCGUCAGACUUGGCCGUCAGAACAUGACCUCCCGCCAGAUCAUGGAGGCCGCUGGUCUCGGCGAGAGACCCAAAUCCUUCAUCGGAGUAUCCGGAGCGGAGGAGCACAAUUGUGCAAGCUUUUGCAUCGUGAGCAGCGCAGCAAGGCAGCGUAUCAUCAACUGGGCUUUGCAGCGUCAACUGCGAUGUCCAGACUUCAUCCCGAUCUCGAUCGCGCCCAAAGUGUUCGACGGCGACUCGAUAGCCCCUACGCUUGGGAGGCAAGCUAUCCUCCCUCAGCAUCGCAUGAAGCAUAUUAGACAUCCACCGAGGCCACGACAGGACGAGUACCCAGUCUGGUAUUUCUUCUAUGGUACACUGCAGAAUCCGGAUACGUUGCGAUCUGCACUCAAUGGCUCCGACCAGGAUGAGUACGACUUGCGGCCCACGAAGGUGUUUGGCGGGAAGCUCGUGAGUUGGGGCGGCAAGUACAAGGCGUUGGUCGACGACUCUUCGUCUGUAACACCGUAUGCAGGAGCCAUGGCAAAUGCUGUGGAGGGUAGCGCUUAUCUCGUGCAGUCGGAGUGCCGCGAAGACAGCCUUCGAAUCUACGAGACGAAGGCAUACGAAGUCGUAAGGUGCUUGAUCGAAUUCGCAGAUGGGAGCGAGAUCUUGGGCUGCACAUUUCGGUUUCGGAAUGCCGAGUCUCUUGUCUAG